UAUUGGUGCAAAAAUCCUCACUCUUUUCACAUUCUUGUCUUCUUCGUCGGUAUCGGUGACAUUACUCCAAUAACAAUAAUCAGGACUCUUUUGAACAACAGCCAACACUCCACCCCUUCUGAUUUUCAAUUACACGCACCCCCAAUUCCCCGAUUAUCAGAGAGAAUUAUCAACGAAAAUUAAAGAAAUGGUGUCGGCUAAUAAGGAGAUGGUGGUGUAUUGUUUUGAUACCCUGGUGGCGCAUUUUAACGGCGAUCAAGUGCCUCCGCCUGCUUUUGAUGAGGGUCAACACCCACUGUUUGUGACUUGGAAGAAAGCUGUGAAUGGCGGGGAACCUCGUUUACGUGGAUGCAUAGGGACUUUGGAAGCUCGCUGCAUAAUAACCGGCUUCAAGGAUUACGCUAUAAUCAGUGCUUUAAGGGAUCGGCGAUUCCCACCGAUCCAAGCUAAAGAAUUACCGUUCUUGCAAUGUACAGUUUCCCUUCUUACUAACUAUGAAAACGCUGCUAAUUAUCUCUAUUGGGAGGUUGGAAAGCAUGGAAUUAUAAUCGAGUUCACCGAUCCCGACAAUAAUACAAAGCGAAAUGCUACUUACCUACCCGAAAUUGCUUCUCAAGAAGGUUGGACAAAGAUAGAAGCCAUCGACUCGUUGAUGAGGAAAGCUGGUUACAAUGGCCCCAUAACUGAAUCAGUUAGGAAGCGUAUCCAACUAACGCGUUACCAGAGCACAUUAUUUACAAUGCACUAUGACGAUUAUGUGAGCUACGUGAAGAAAACUCGAGGUGGCGCGCCCUCUGUUGCUGGUCUCAAAGUGACCCGUUAAGGGCGGGUCAACCUAACCUGCCUAUGUACCUUAGAAUUGAGGUCACCUUAUAUCUAAGUAAUUUUAUGAAAUUUGGUUAACUUGUAUCUCAGUUCUCAAGUCCACUGAUGCUGUCAUGUUGACUUUUAAUGUAUGCUGAUACUAAAAUGUUGCAAGUGUGUUUUAUUCAUGUGUGUCAUAUGACUUCUUAUUAUGAUGGUUGGCAUUGUAAUUGACUAUUGAUCUUUAA